CGCGAAGGCUUUGCUGCCAAAUUUCAGUUUUAUCAUACCAAAUAUCAUCUGCUGUUAAUAAUACAUAUAAUCCUAUCGAAAUAUUAUGGUAAUCUAACUGCCAGGUUAAGAAUUUAAAAAAGCGGCAUGAGGGCACUUAUAGACUAAUGGGAAAUUUGUUUCGUAUCCAAAGAUGGAAUUAUAGUCCUAUAUUGAAAUAUACAGCUCUAAGUUUCUCACACGUAAUAUACCUUUAAUAGUUGCAAAUAAAGUUCCCUAUCGAGUAUUCGACCUUACUGAAGUUGGGCUAUUGAGAUAUGUGAAAUGUUUCCUUGUUUUGACGAUUUUAAAAGGAUUUGUCUGCCAAACAUCGAUCAUAUACCAUUCGGAACUGUUUAUCAAGCUCGGUAAUUUACUUGGGACAAUUUUACCAAGUUGAGGUGGUAACCGCGUCGACAGAAAUCACCGAAACUUUUCUAGACAUCCACAAUUCAUACAAUAUCAUGCUCGUAAGCACAUUUUGUGUUUUAAUCUCGUGCUUAUUUGUAAUCGAAGCUCAGUUCGUUAUUGACAGAGGUGAAAGGGAUGUUUUCAGAAAUCUAACGGGAUGCACGAAGGAUUUUUGCUACUAUUUACACGCGGAAGAGAGUAAAUUAGACCCGUGCGUGUGUCGUUGCCUUCCAAAAUAUCCAAUGUACAGGAAUCCAGACGUAGCUGUUAGUGGUGGAAUGGAGUUCACGAGCAAGGGAUACGGAGCAUGUGUCUGGCAUUCAAACCAUAGAUACGAGUGUUACCACAUUCGUAAACUUGGUCGAGGAGCUCACACCAGGGACGGUGAAGAUCCUUUGGAGUUCGAUUUAAGUGAUCAAGGGAGCCUAUUGGCAUAUGCUGACCAUGACCUGAGCUCAUGCGCCGGUGUCGAUAGUGCUAUUAAAAUGCCAGAGGAUAUUGACUUCACGCCAAUGCCUGGUUUACUGAAUGUUACUUAUCGUCCCGCGAAUGUUAUUCGCUUUGAGUGGACUGCCAGCGAAAAACGGUUUGAUGGAGGCAUUUUACGAGGUGUGUUAAAAGAUUGUUCAGAAAAAAUCUCCGAGAAUGAAAGAUGUUUUGUUGGAAAAGUUAUAGGCACCUAUAACGGUGGUAGUUGCGACGUGCGGGCAGCGAAUGGCGAUUGCUGUAUAUUUCCUUUUACUUACGAUGGCAAAGAGUACAACAACUGUAUCAAGAUAGGCAGUGAGGAGGCUUGGUGUGCUGUGAAAUUGCCAUUCUUUGGUAAUGAAACGAAUUGGAAGCAAAACUGUCUCCAAACUACCAAGGUUUUCCAAAGUUCUUUGGCAACGUUGGGUGUUUCACAGCAUAAAACAGAACCUAUCUCUGCAACCAAAACGGUGCUCAUACAAUCUUCAACCUCUAUUUUGCCAUUGGUAUCCACUCAAGUUUUAAUAUCUGCACACACGAUGGAUAUACGCCCACUGGGUCCCAACCCUGUACCAAAAGCUACUAUGCCGAUUUCGAAGGAAAACGAGACUAUUAGCUUCGAUAAAAGUAGCACGCAAAUACUGACCCAAUUAUCGACCACAAAUAUUGAUCGUGCAUCAUUGACGGAUGAUAACACAUCUUCAAUCAUUGUCAUGAAAACAAUGGUUAAUUAUAAGUCAUCGAUCGUUGAUAAGGCACUCCACAAUAAAACGUCCGCAAUCACCCGAACAGCGGUGGCAAAUAUCACGUCAGAAACUAUUCAUGAAAUUACCCCGUCUCCUGAAAUUAAGAAGUCUAUGGAUUUUACAUCAUCGGUGAGUGAGUAUAAAUCAUCGAUAGUUGAUCAUGUUUCCGGACAGUCUAUUAUUGACGCUACUGUCAAUACACUAACUCCAAGUGAUUAUACAUCAGUAAUUAUCGCUCAGGUAUCACCCUCAAUCCCCAUUACCGAACAAUCUACAAUUGAUCAUUCAUCAACAAUUUCAUCAUCAGUUUCAUCAAUAAUUGUUGGUCAGAUAAUAUCAGCAAGUAACUCUAUCUCAAAAAUGAGUGACCAUUCAUCAUCAGUAUCUGACCAUGAAAGGCUGUUUAGUGGUUAUAAACAAACACUGUCAAUAUACACUGUCAACACCACUCAAUAUAAACAGACGUUUAUAACUGGCUCAAAUAAUUCAUCGCAGAUAAUCGCAACUUCAACAAACGUGCAGAUGACGUCCUCAAUCAGCUCUGCUGUUUUGCCAGAAACGAAAGCAACUGCCUCCGAUGGUAAUAACGUUGCCAUCAUCAUAGUUAUUGUCAUGGCUGCGGUGGCAUUUGUGGUAAUAUUUUUCGUAUGUUGUCUAUUCCUUGGUCGUCGUAAAUGGAAGAACAGGACCAAGAAAUAUAGAGUAAUCAAUAAAAAGACGGGUGGUCAAGCAACUCAAUCGCCAGCCACGCAACGCACGGACACAGAAAAUCCAAUUCAAAAUGAUAUAGUCAAUGUGGAGGAAUCCGGGAGUGAAAUGGCCGAAACAGAGUUCACAAUUCCGGAGAAAAAUGCUAAAGAAAUUUCCGAUGGCUUCGAUAAGCCAGGUGAAAAGCAAUGUGGACCAGAAUUUAUGACCUAUAGGUUGUGAUUUGUUGUUGAACACUCAACUGUCAGAACCAACUGAGAAAGGUCUGAAACGCAAUAAUUUGCGACUUGAAAAUUAUAUUGUAAUCAUUAUU